GCCGCUAGCAAAAAGUCAGAGCGCAAGCGCAUUGCUCGAUCUGCGUCAGUGAUAUCUACUCGCCGGUCUUAAAAGAGCUGCCUUGCAGGCCACAGCUGAAGCGGUGCAAAAACUGACCGUGGAUGCGCCGUCGACGCGUCGCGUACGUAUGCCUUGCUGCACAGACUGCACUGGCUUUGGUCGCGCCACCGCUGCUCACUGCACCAAGGAGCGUGUCUUGUAACAUUGUGACACCGCUGCGAGGACCAGCCGCGACUGCCGAUGAGUUGGAGUACGGCCGCGGCACGAUGGCGGACCUGUCGUCGAUCGUGACGCUCGCCCAGGCGGAGUUCGGCAAGGACUACACCGACCCCGUGUCAAAGUUCGGCCUCCUCACGCUGCUGACCGUGGGCUUCUGGAUACGGCUCUGCCGAGACGACCAUUCCAUCCUCACCUGCAAGGACGCGUCGAACGAUUUGAUAGGCUACGUCGAGGUCUCGCCGCAGCCGGCCGGCGAGGUGUCCGGCCCGUUUCCCCUCCCAAAAUGGGCCAAGGGCUUGAUGGGGCCGCUUACGCCGUACCUGGCGAACUUAUUGGUACGGCCCGACGCGCGGCGCCGCGGCGUCGGCGGCGCGCUCGUCGUGGCGUGCGAGCAGGAGGCGGCGAGCUGGGGCGACGGCGUGUUAGGACUGCACCACGACCGCACGGACCAGAAGCUCGUGCGAUUCUAUAGGAAGCUCGGCUUCGCGGGGGACGGCGUCCCGCUGAAGCACCAGGGCUUCGAGCUCGUGUACGUGGCGAAGCGCGUAAGGCCAUCGUAGACAACUACCCCACUCUGGUCAUCG